AUGAGUGGUGGUCACAAGCAGUUAAAUUCCAAGACGCCAGCUUCACCACCUCAGCAAGAAAGCGAGUCUUCUACAAAUGAUAUGAACAAUCCUGUUGAAACAGUUAAAAGUGGUCAUUCUUUUUCGGUUUUGCUCGAGUUCGCAGCUAAUAAUGAUGUUGAGGGUUUUAAGCAAUCUCUUACUAAUUCAACAAUGAUUGAUGAGGUUGGAUUAUUGAAUUCUCGCCAAAUGGCUUUGAAGAGGAUGACACCGUUAAUGGUAGCCGCUUUGUAUGGUAGUGUUGAGGUUGUGAAACUUAUUCUUUCUCUGUCGAAGGCGGAUAUAAACCGUUCCUGCGACCCAGAUAAUAGCACUGCCCUUCAUUUUGCUGCUUCUGGUGGGUCUGUUGAAGCUAUUGAUGUUGUUAAGUUGCUUUUACGUGCCGGUGCAGAUCCUAAUGCGACUGAUUCUCGCGGGCGUCGACCAUUUGAUGUCAUUGUUUCUCACUCUAAUCUUCCAAAUGUGAAGGUUGCACUUAAGGAGCUACUAAAGAGGGAUGGAUCAAUUCGUCAAUCUGGUGAACUUUAUGUUUCACCUAAUUCAACACUGUCGCCAUCAACACACAAGAAGAGACAAUACCGAAUCGAUCUGUCCAUCCCAGAGAUUGGAAGCAGCAUUUAUGCUACUGAUGAGUUCAGAAUGUAUGAAUUCAAGAUUCAACCAUGUUCGCGAUCUCGUUCACAUGAUUGGAUGGAGUGCCCUUUUCUUCAUCCUGGUGAGACAGCAAGGAGAAGAGACCCCAGAAAGUUCCGUUACAGUUUGGUGUCCUGCUAUCAUCAUUAUUAUGCACCGCCAUGUAGUCGUGGAGACCUGUGUGAAUUUGCUCAUGGGAUUUUUGAGAUCUUGCUACACCCAUCACAGUACAGGACUCGGCUUUGCAAAGAUGGCACAAGUUGCAACCGUCGGGUUUGCUGUUUUGCCCAUACAGCUGAGGAACUAAGGCCUGUUGAUUCGUACACAGGAUCUGCUGUACCAUCUUCUCCUCAUUCAGCUACCUCUGCUGGUAUAGCUGUGGGUUCAGCCAUGUCACCUUCCCUAUCUACUCCUCCCAUGUCUCCUGGUAAUGGCAUUUCCCAAGCGGCCUGGCCUCAACAAAAUGUUCCCACUUUGCACCUUGCAGACAGUCAUCUCCAAAUGGGGCGUCUAAGAUCUUCUGUAAAUACAAGAGAGUUUCAGUCUGAUCGCUUUCAAGUGCAGCAACAGCGGGGGCUCUAUGACUUAUCCAGUUUCUCUGCGAAUCUCAAUGAGAUUUUCCCCUCUCAGGUCUUGUCUCCUGGAUACUCUGAUCAAUUUAUGGCCUCACCCAUUGUCUCUCAAUCACAUAGAUCAGCAGUUUCUAAUCAACUCUACCAGCAAGAAUCCAUGUUUUCCCCUGCCAAAACAAGUGCGGUCUCUCCCAAAAAUUUUCAGCAUUCUCUUUUGCAGCCUUCAUUUCAGAACAAUAAGCCUCUAACCCCAUCGAGUUCUAAGGUAUCUGCUUUUGCCAACCGUGAGAAUCAACAGCAACAAUUACCCGGCUUCAGCUCUCCAAAGCUUGGAUCAAACCUUUCUCAUGACCUUGGUUAUAAUCUAUGGCGUAAUCUUGGAUCAACUGACUUUCUUAGUUCCCCUGGAAGUUAUUGGUCGACGCAAUGGGAAUCACCUACUGGGAAACUAGAUUGGCCUGUUGAGUCAGAGGAACCUGGUCGAUCGCACAAGUCAUCUUCCACAGGGCAUAAUGCAAAGGAGCCUGAAGUUUUACUGGUUCAAUCUCCGGCGAAGGAAUUGCGAUCUGAUACCAGGGAAAUGACAAACAGUUCAGCCUCAGACGCGACGGCGACUGUCGAAUGUUCUAAUCCGAAACAAUAUACAUAA